UCAUCGCACCAGUUAAAUUCUACCCCAUCUUAGCAGAAGGAAACAUAGCUGUUCGGGAAGACUGAAGACAAACAGUACGGGACCCAAAGUCCAGUAUCAUAUUCUUGCCAAAGAGGUUCACGUCACAUGUUGUGACUAUUUAUCCAACUUCGUUUUCAUUCACGCGAAGAUAAAUAUUUUGAAGACACACAGACCAUUACACUUACACCGGGUGUGAGAAUAUACGUGACGGGAAAAGAAACUGAUUACUGUAUAGACCGAGGCACUAAGUAACACAUCUGCUGCUUUAGGAACCAUCUCACAAGCUUCACAAAGUAAAGAAAUGCCGGUUUCCGAGGUAGCGCGACACAACCAAAAUGGCCGCCACACAAGAAACCCCGCCCCCUUGACUCCGCGGUGCCGUAUCGUCGCUGUCAGCCCGCUUUCAAAAGCCUUCUUUCCCACAGCGGCCUCCGCAUAUGGCGCAUUCACGAAGCCGCAGUCCUUCCGCCACUCUCAAUAUGGCGACGUUUCCUGCGAGAUUCUAAAGUCUCUGCGUCUCACUUUACGCGAGAGCUGCCGGCGCGUCGUGAUGGAGCCGGGCGGUGGUGGAGGUCCUGGCUUGCUAAUUGUCAACAAUAAACAACGGAGCGGAGGGCUCGGUCUGACAACGCCGCCGGCGCCGGGGGUAAAAGGUCGGGAGCCCAACCGCAACCAACGCAAGGAUUCGGAGGGCUAUUCAGAGUCACCAGACUUUGAGUUUGAAUAUGCAGACACAGAUAAAUGGGCUGCUGAGCUGUCAGAAUUGUACAGCUACACGGAAGGUCCUGAAUUCCAGCUCAAUCGAAAAUGCUUUGAGGAAGAUUUCAGGCUGCACGUGAUGGAUAAGAAAUGGACCGAACUAGACAUCAAUCAGCAUCGUACACAUGCCAUGAGGCUUCUUGAUGGCCUUGAGGUCACUGCCCGGGAGAAAAGGCUCAAGGUAGCCCGAGCCAUUCUUUAUGUUGCACAAGGAACAUUUGAUGAGUGCAGCUCUGAAGCUGAAGUACAGUCCUGGAUACGCUACAACAUAUUUCUUCUACUUGAAGUUGGCACAUUUAAUGCUUUGGUGGAGCUUUUGAACAUGGAAAUUGAUAACAGUGCUGCCUGCAGCAGUGCAGUAAGGAAACCUGCUAUUUCCCUGGCUGACAGCACAGACCUGAGGGUGCUGCUGAAUAUUAUGUAUCUCAUUGUGGAGACUGUCCGUCAGGAGUGUGAAGGAGACAAGCCUGAGUGGAAGGCAAUGAGGCAGACCUUCAGAGCAGAAUUAGGGGCACCUCUGUACAACAAUGAGCCAUUUUCUGUGAUGCUGUUUGGAAUGGUGACCAAGUUCUGCAGUGGCCAUGCCCCACACUUCCCUAUGAAGAAGGUGUUGCUUCUCCUUUGGAAAACUGUUUUGUGCACUCUUGGAGGCUUUGAGGAACUUCAGGACAUGAAAGCAGAGAAACGGGAGAUGCUAGGACUUCCCCCACUUCCUGAAGAUAGCAUCAAAGUGAUUCGCAACAUGAGGGCUGCCUCUCCUCCAGCAUCUGCUUCUGAUUUGAUUGAGCAGCAACAGAAACGGGGUCGGCGGGAGCACAAGGCUCUUAUUAAGCAGGACAAUCUAGAUGCCUUCAAUGAGCGUGAUCCUUACAAAGCAGAUGACUCCCGUGAAGAGGAGGAAGAGAAUGAUGAUGACAAUAGUCUUGAAGGAGAGACAUUUCCUCUUGAAAGAGAUGAAGUGAUGCCCCCUCCUAUCCAACAUCCUCCAACUGACCGAUUGACCUGCCCAAAAGGUUUGCCUUGGGCUCCAAAGGUCCGUAUAUCAAAUUUUAAUUUUUUAUAUGAUGUAAUAUAUGCUGCCUGGUUUUCUUCCUUUCUUUUUAGUGACACCAACACAGUAGUGGGGUUGCCCAGACCCAUUCAUGAGAGUAUUAAAACUCUGAAGCUGCACAAAUAUACAUCUAUUGCAGAAAUUCAAAUACAAAUGGAAGAGGAAUAUUUGCGUUCCCCCCUGUCUGGGGGGGAAGAGGAGGUUGAGCAAGUUCCUGCAGAAAUCUUGUACCAGGGUCUGCUUCCUAGCCUGCCCCAAUAUAUGAUUGCCUUGCUGAAAAUUCUACUGGCUGCAGCUCCCACCUCCAAAGCCAAGACUGAUUCCAUUAAUAUCCUAGCAGAUGUUUUGCCGGAGGAAAUGCCAACAACUGUGUUGCAAAGUAUGAAGCUGGGAGUUGAUGUGAACAGACACAAGGAGAUAAUUGUAAAGGCCAUUUCUGCUGUUCUACUGUUACUGCUCAAACAUUUUAAGCUAAAUCAUGUCUACCAGUUUGAAUAUAUGGCCCAGCAUCUUGUGUUCGCUAACUGCAUCCCGCUUAUAUUGAAGUUCUUCAAUCAAAACAUCAUGUCAUAUAUCACAGCCAAGAACAGCAUCUCUGUGUUGGAUUAUCCAUACUGUGUGGUCCAUGAACUACCUGAGCUGACUGCAGAGAGUCUGGAGGCUGGAGACAACAAUCAGUUUUGUUGGCGAAACCUUUUUUCUUGCAUUAAUUUACUUAGAAUAUUGAAUAAAUUAACGAAGUGGAAACAUUCUAGAACCAUGAUGCUGGUAGUAUUCAAGUCUGCUCCCAUUUUAAAACGAGCCCUUAAAGUGAAGCAAGCUAUGAUGCAACUCUAUGUUUUGAAGCUUCUAAAGGUGCAGACAAAAUACUUGGGGAGACAGUGGAGGAAGAGCAAUAUGAAGACCAUGUCAGCAAUCUACCAGAAAGUACGGCAUCGCCUAAAUGAUGACUGGGCUUAUGGCAAUGAUCUAGAUGCACGUCCAUGGGACUUCCAAGCUGAAGAGUGUGCUCUGCGUGCCAGCAUAGAGCGGUUCAACUCACGGCGCUAUGACCGAGCACAUAACAACCCUGAUUUUCUGCCUGUGGAUAACUGUUUGCAAAGUGUUCUGGGGCAAUGUGUGGAGCUACCUGAAGAUUUCCAAAUGAAUUAUGACUUAUGGCUGGAAAGGGAAGUUUUUUCUAGACCUAUCUGUUGGGAGGAAUUGCUACAAUGACAUUUGAUAAGAGGGAUAAUGUUCAGGACUCACAAGGUAGUACAUGUGCCCAAGGAUGGGGAUUCCUGCUCUUCAAUCAAUUAAGCAUAGAGGACAUAAACUGAAUUUUUUUCCCCCAUAUGGCUUGUAGUCUGCAAUUCUUUCCUUUUCCAAGUGGCAGCAUGGGUUUUUUUUUAAAAUUGCUGUCAACAACUUGACUAUAUGGCUUUCCUGUCUUUAGAGGGCUUUAAUUAUUACUUGGUUUGGAAGGUGCUAAAUAGAUUCAGAGUAGUUUAUUUGAGACCAGAACCAGCAGAAUAACCUUUGCCAAAAUAACAGUGCCAACACUGAUUCCUGUUCAGAUUGUUGUUCAUGGGGUUUGGCUAGCUAGUCUGUUUCAAACCAGUACUAAAGCUUUUUCUGCAUGCCUCCACCUUUAUCCCAAAAGGACAGAAUGACACCCUUUUCCUGCUAGUUUCCAGGAAAAGAAGCAAAUUCAUGGGGGGUGUGAUGGGAAAAGAAAAGGGCAGAUGGUGCAUACCACUAUCUGUGCUGGCACAGGAAAAGGAGAUCCCCGGAGCCCCAUCUUGUGCAUUAUCAUAGAGAAGAGCAGGAGGAAAUGUUUUAAAGUAGUGGCCAUAGUUCUGUGAUCUGCUGGGAGAUGGUGGCUGCAUUAUUUCUCUGCUUUGGGAAGUUAGCAGGCAACUUCACUUAGGGACAUUGUCCCAUUUCUUUCCUCUGGUGGAGCAAAAUUGUGUCUUAAGUAACUGCAAAUCAUUGCCAGUAUAAUUUAAUGCUAAUAUCUAAUUCUUUCAAGUAAAUAAUCUUCCUUUCUGGUAGCUGCACAUGAAGGGGUAAACUCUGAUGUUCUUUACUCUGUUUUAUUCCAUCCGCCAACCUUUCCUCUUCUGUUUGACCAAACAGUUUCAGACAGUUUUCAACACAAGUGCAGAUACCAGUCCAGUUCCCGGUCAGGCCCCUUCUUCAAGGUGGUGUUCAUUGGUCACAUGAAGUCUGCUCAGGCUAAGUCUCCUCGGUCUGUCAGUUGCUGACCUAGAAAAGAAGCUUGUUUAUUUUCUUUUCAGCUAGUUCUCAGAAAAAGAAAAUAAGGUUGCCAUUCUGGAUCUGGACUUUGCAGCUGCAAGUAGCCCCAUAAUAAUCUGGAUUAAUACAGCCCCGGCAUUGGUUUCCCACCUCUGUUGUUUUUUGUAUUGUUUUUUAGCAAUAUGAAACUCCUCGAUGAAUUCAAAGUAGAUAGUAUGAUGCUUCUUGCUAUGAAAGUAACCUCACAAUUGUGACUGAGUGUGAUAUUUUGGUUACAUUUAUAAACAUUCAGGAGCAAACAAGUACAAUAGACCAAUUCUAAGUCUAGCAUUACCAUUUUUUAUUCUCCACUGUGUAUUCUGAUUAUAUACUUAGCUGUUCUCCAAAAACUACUUAGUAAGAUGUCAGUCCCAUUCAGAUUAAUGAGUAAAUGAUCAAAAUCCUGUUGCAUUCUUACACUGGUGGAAGGGAAAUGGCACUGGCCAAUUGUUACUAAUUAAUGAGUCUCUGUAUGGAUUCCUCAUUGCAUUCCAGUCGUGUGGCUGAGCAUGUGACCAGGAAUCUGAGCAGUUUCCCAUAAUUUAGUAGCAAUUGGCCACUGCAGAUUACACCAUUUUGUUUUUGCUAACAUAACUAUACAUCAGGAUUUGCUCCAUUAUGUUAAGGAUAAGGGUGUCCAUAAAAUGCUACCACAGAACUGUAGGCUCGGAUGACAAUGGUCCAACAUAUAUUGAGCCUAGAUGAUUUUAUUCCCAAACACUCCUGUAGGGUUAACCUAUAUGAUGGAGGUUGCAGAGUGUCACUCAGCAGAGAGUGGUGGGGACCAAGACAUACCUUAUCUGUCUUAAAAUAAGUUACAGCAAAUAGUUUAUCCAAACAUAUGUCCCCCAAACAGGCAGCCCAAAAUUGCGAUGCAGCCACAGAUCGAUAUUCAAAUCUUCUUUAAUGUGUAAUAUACUGAAAAAGUGGAGCUUUCCUAGUUCUCCUUUGUGAACAGUGUGGUGGUGACAUGAUCAUGCAACAAAAGCAUAUGGUCAUAUAAAAGAAUGAACAACAUUAAAAAACCCAGCAAAAUGCAUGAUGGCUUUGCUUGUGUAUGUGAGUUGCUUGUACACAUGAAUCAUGACAUUUAUAAGUGCCUUCUGGAAAGAAAACCAGACUAUUCUUGCAUGUGAGCAUUGGGUAUUUUAGAAGGACAGUAGAGGACCAGUUCCUCCCAAACAGGAGAGUGGGCUACUUCGGGUGUUGUUGUGAAUGCUAUUUCUGCUUGCUGUUGUGCAGGAUGUUUUCUGAAGUGGUAGGAAAUUGCUUCAUUUCAGAGAAUAGACAUAUUGGUACAUAGUUGUCCUUACUAUCUUAAGGGGUAAUAUCUACUUACUCUAAGGUGAUAUCUCUUCUUAUCAUAAGGAAUAGUAGCUCAAGGUUCUGAGGGAUAUUAUCCAUAAAUGGGCUGUUCAUGAUAUUUCUCUGGUUCUCUUUUGAUUGGGUGUGUCAUUCAGAUGAGUCUAGUGCAGCUAAAGUAGAAAUGUUUCUGUAUUACAAUGUCAUGGAAAGAAAUUCUCUGGGAAUAUGAGAAUGAACUUAGAAGUACAGUAUCUGUGUCAAGCUCAUCAUAUCUCAAUUGCCAUAGCAAGGUUGCUGUGGGAUGAUACAUCUCUUGAUGGUCAAACCUCUUUGAUGUGAGGUUAAUGAAAUCUCCCCAAUGUUCCUCAGUGUCAAGUCAUCGCAAGAAAUUAAGUUCAGUUUGGUCUGUAAGUCACCCAUCGUUGUUCUGUCCUCUUCUUUACAAUAUCCAUCAACUACUGAACUACUGCCAGUAAAUAUGUGAGCACCA